AUGGUGAAGGCUAUUUGUAUACUGACCGGUUUCUUUCGUGCAUUUGGCGUCGUCCGUUUCGAAUUGAAUGAAGGUGGAUUUUUGAACAUAAAAGGGGAAUUUUCUGGACUGCCCCCAGGAAGGCAUGAACUCCAUGUUCACAGUUUUGGUGACAUAACAAAUGAUUGGAUAAGUGCAGGACCUCCUUACAAUCCAACCAACAAAAUGCAACAAGGGAAGAGAUGUGCAGAUGACCUGGCUGUUAUAAAUGUGAAUGAAGAUGGUUUAGCCAAGCUGGAUGUGGAGGUAUCACAUUUCCAUCUGACAGGAAUUCAUUCUAUUAUUGGACGCACUCUAGUGCUUCACCAGAAUGAAGAUGACCCAGGCAAAGCUGACAAAGAAGAGAGCAUUACAGCAGGAAGUAAUGGAUCUGGUAUAGCCUGGGGAGUGAUUGGAAUUUGUCAGAGCAAUAUUUCAAAGGAAGUCUUAGAAGAAAACAAUUAAACAAUAAAGCUAUCUGCGUUGUGGACUAAGAACUCUACUUUGUAAUGAUACAUUGGUAAAUGUUCUUUGUUUAUGGUUAAGAUAAAAACAGUCCAUUCUAAAGAAGGUUCACACAUUUAUUUUUCAGUUUUUAUUGCAAUGUAUUUUUGAAUCUGACCAUAAACCUUCAAUU